AUGGCCCGCAGAGGCGGGGGUUCGACGCAGCGGCAAGCGCCUCAGCCAGGACCCAACAGCCAUAAUUUACAUGGUUACGCCAAUGGUCGUCCGCCACCAUCCACCAUCCCCGCGCAAAUCGUGCGGGGUGCAGCAAAUGUCAGAGCACAGCAGGACACCGUCAACAAACAACCCUUCAUCGAACUCGUCCAAGAGUUCCUAUCCAACCCCGUCUUGGAGGAUCCAGACCCAGUAUGCAUCGCCUUCAUCCUCGCCAUUACCGAGGGCGGGAUAGACCCUUUAUUCAGGGAAGAUCCAUUCGCUUCGAAGCACCUCGAGGAGCAAGGCACCCAAUGCAUUGCUGCUCUUAUCAUCAUUUUCCAACAGAAGCCGUAUCUCUUGUUCGCGCCGACGCACGCUGAGGAAGAAGAUGGAACGCGGCGUCCGCCGGUACUCGUUUGGCUGUUCUCGAAAUUGUUGGGAUUAAUUUUACAACAAGGUCGUUUGAGUAUUCAUCCGACUGUGCUAGAGCUGCUGAGCACCUGUCUCAAAUCUUUCACUCGAUCUGCUAGCCGCUUACGUCAAGCCUGGUCGGUGUUUCGACUCUACCGGUCGUGCGUUGAUACGGCCUCGGAGCCCAACGAAGAGAUUAUCGAUUCCCUUUAUCCCUCUUUUGACCUGAUUCUACCUUCUUCAAGUAGCAUUGGCGAUGUUUGGCCCGAGAGUCAGCAUCUUGUGGCUCUCCCUCAAGGCCUACAGAGGAUAGUUACAUCAAAAGUUAGUGCAGCAUAUCUGGGCUUUCGGUUACUUGAAAUUCUCAUCGAUUGCUGCUUCACGUCCCAGCAAUGGACUACCAACGAUAGUACAUUCGGAAGCAUGCGACUUUGGGCAUUGAACAGCUGCCUAGACCUCUGGACUAGUUUGACGAGAUGGACAGCUGGUAGAGAACGGGGACCUCUACAUGACGACGUUGAAGCACUGUACAUGCAGUCGCUGGCCAUCCUUGCUCUACCCGAUUUCGACAAAGAGGACGAUUUUUCUUGCUCAUCUAAAGCGCUGGUUUCUUUCAUGUCGGGCAUCCUGGAAGGUCUUCGAAGUUGCCUCUUCAAGCCCUUUUCACAAGCAAACCAGGCCCGAUUCGGGUAUGUGUUGAUACGCUUAAAGUCUAUAACGCAACAGACACUCAAGGAUGAGCGAAAGAGGGUCAUCGUCCAAUCCGUGAAGAAGACCAUCAAUAACACAAUGAUCCCGGACAUUGCCGGGAUCUGUCAGAACGUAUCUGAGUUGGUCACGCUGGAGAGGGACUUGCAGCUGUCGAUAUGUCUCUGGACAAAACCCGGCGACUGGCCUGCUGAGGUCCAGAAAAUUCGGGCUCUUCUGUGUUCAGAGAUAGGGCGACCCUUCGACAACGAAGAGUUGAAUGAUCAGUCCGUCCACGUAAUAAGCGCGUUUCGUGUAGCAAACAAAGGCGACGAGCAGCCGCCCGCGAAGCGUCGCAGAACUGCACCCGAGCCUGACAGCGAUGCACCUGCCGACGUUUUGAACCAUUUGGUCUUGUUGCUGAAUGGCAGUUCUGCCGAAUCACCAGUCCUGGACUUGAAAGGUUUCCACAUUUCCGUUCAAACUAAAUAUGCCAACCUACCGGACGACACGCAAGCUUCUGACGAAGAGCAAAUUGAGAUGCUCGUAGCAUUGACCAAGAUUGCCUGUGCCGCGACUCAAUGUCUCAAAGCAUCGGACAUAAGCCAAGAUCGCUGGAAGGAUUCACCGUGUACACUAUGCGAUUCGACCGACAAAGUGCAGCGCGAGGUGAAAGUGUACUGGGAUCAGCGGGACUCCAGCGAGAUGUGGAAGGAUGCUAUCGCAGGAAUGAUUGCGAUGACCCAGGAAGCAAGAUUUCAAAGUUCUUCUCGACCACGGGUCUUGAUGGCUGUUGCUAUUGGGCGCCUCUUCAAUCACAUCCGCGAUGCGGAAUACCUUAGUCUGGAGAUCAGCUCAUUGGGCGAAUGGUUGCUGAAAUCAAUGCAGAGGUCUUUGCGCGAAUUGAGGAUAGCAGCGUCUCGAUCUCUGAUGACGUUCCUCCGGGAUGACAUCUGCAGACACGUCCGCGACAAGAACCGCAGAGCGACGAUGCAGUUUUUGGCUGAGCUGACUAGACGCAAUGUCCCAGCGCAGCAAGAGACUUUAAUUAUGGCAUAUGGCCAGGCGGCCCGAACGUGCAGCGGAGAAGAACUUCAUCUCAUCCUUGCACAGCUGGUAGAGUAUUUGGGCCACACAAACACGGUCAUCUAUGGUGCAGCAUACAACGAGCUCUGCUCUCUGGCCGACGAUCUUCACACAUCACCGCAGGAGCUCUUGCGUCCUUACUGGAGGACGAUCGGUUUCUCGAUCGUCCACGAUCUCAAUACUAAACCGCAAAAGGCAAAAUUUGUUGUCGAACUGAUUGGUGAAAUAUCCUACGUCAGCCAGCUGCUUAUUCUCAUCCAUGAGGACGUCCUCCCCGUGCUCGUUUUGAAUAAGAGGACGGACAUCCUGCAGCGCAUCGCGAAUGCUAAGAAGACUACAAUUGAGGAAAUUUGCUUGCAGCCACGAGCACACCUUGCCCGAAUCAUUGCUUUACUCUUGUGUCAGCCUGGUCCGGAUGCUGAGCGAAGAGCGAUGGAUACUUUAGUGGCCGUCGCGCCAGCCGUACGGCAGACAGGACAGAAACUGCAUGAUCUUGUUCAGCUUGACGCGGCUGCUAUGGCUAGUGAAGUCUUCAAAUUGGCGGCAGAUCGUGAUGCCAACGAAAAAGAACUUUAUUACGAAGGAAUCAGAAAGCUUGCUGCGCUUGACGAUGUCAAGAGCGACAUUGAUUCCAAAAGACAAAAGGAUGGAAAGCGCAAGGCUCCCCCGCGAAGGAAGACAAAGGACCUAGUUGAAACCUUCAUUCUGAAACAUGUCCUUGGUGUAAUGGCAGACUUCACGAAUCCAAUAGAAAAUCAGCUUGGCAACCAUCACCUGACAGAACGAAGAAGAUGCGUCGGAGCGAUAAAGGAGCUGAUAAUGUUUGCACGAGAAGAUUCGUGCCAUGCUCUAACUCAGAUUCGAGCCUGCCUACAGUCCGCGAUGGCCGACCCUCACCUUUGUGAUCAAGCUUUUGACGUUUGGUCACUUCUCCUCACAGUACUAGAAGAAGCUCAUCUGAAACUCGUCCUUGGCCAAACGUUUGCAUUAAUAGUUCACCAUUGGUCCUCUUUUGCGGACGAGACUCGCUUGAAGGCCAGUGCUACUCUAGAUGUCCUGCGAGUACAGCAUAACCAAUUGUUGCAAGAUCUAGUUGGGCAACUGGCAUCACUUUCCUCCAUUCCGAUGCUGGCGAAACUGGAGGCAGAGAUAGCUCGUUUGAAAGCGAAGAAGGAUCCUAUCACGCUCUUGAGCUACUUCAGUGAGCGGUGCAACGAUGAGAACUCGGUUGUGGUACAACAUGCAUUGAAGGAGCUUGUGCCCUUUUUGGAAGAACACCAAAAGCUUCUUCAACAGUCCGCCAUCGACCAGAAGCCGCUUCCUGCGCUCAUUUCGCUUAGCCGCUCGCUGCUCGACAUUUGCGUACGAUUCCCGGGACAUCAUGUCGAACUACGAACACUUUGUGCGCAAUGUCUUGGGAUCAUCGGCGGACUUGACCCAUACCGCGUCGAGACAGUUCGUGAGAAGAAGCAGGUGCUAGUUCUGCAUAAUUUCGAACAAGCUGCGGAGGUGAUCCAGUUCGUUGCCUUCAUGUUGGAAGAGGUACUUGUAAAGGUCUUCCUCUCGACGACAAACGCUAGAUCCCAAGGUUGGCUAGCAUGGUUGAUGCAAGAGCUAUGCGCGCUCUGUGGAUUUAAUAGCGUGAACGAGUCAGGACGAGGUGCUUCACAGUCCACACCAGCAACACAACGAUGGGACGAGUUCCCAGAACCUGUUCAGAAGGUCCUGACACCUUUCUUGGACUCCAAGUAUCGCUUCACAACCAAUGAAGACGUCCCGACAGCGCAGUACCCUAUUUUCAGUUUAGAGAUCAGCCACGCCACUUGGCUUCGUACAUUCACUUAUGACAUUUUGCAGAAGGCCAAGGUACAGAAUGCGAAGAUGUUUUUUCCCACUAUCGGAAGGGUGGCCCGUCGAGAAGAUCUCUCCAUUGCCUCCUUUAUCCUGCCAUAUGCCGUUCUGAGCGUCGUCGUUGGAGGUGACGGGUCAGAUGCUCACAAAGUUGGUCUGGAACUUCUGUCUGUACUCGAGACCGACCUGCAAGGGGCCGAUCAUACAGAAGCCACCAACAUCAAGCAGUGUAGCGAGAACGUCUUCCAAGUGCUGGACUAUCUUGCCUUGUGGCUCCAGGAGAAACGCAAGGUCAUGUCAGACGCAAGAAUUAUGGCAGGCAAGACAGGCCGAGGUAUCUCUGAGGUUGAUGAGAUUGAAUCAAUCAAGCAAUUCAGUGCGGUGGAGUCACUAUUGCGGCUAAUUCCAGCGAAGGUUAUCUCCAAGCGAGCCGUGGAGUGUAGGUCGUAUGCUCGUGCGCUUUUCCACUGGGAGCAAUAUUACCGUGAAGAGCAACACAAGUCUGAGACCUCGGGUGAAGACUUCAUUAAAGACGAUCUGCUGCAGCAUCUUCAACACAUCUAUGCUCAGAUUGAUGAGCCAGACAGCAUUGAGGGCAUAUCUGCUCACCUACUAGUGUUGAAUCCCGAGCAGCAAAUCAUGGAGCACAGGAAGGCUGGACGCUGGACGGCUGCUCAGACGUGGUAUGAGCUUGCACUCGCGGAGAAACCGGACGACCCGGAAACUCAGAUUAACUUGUUAACCUGCUUGAAAGAAUCAGGCCAAUAUGACGCGAUCCUCAAUUAUGUAGACGGAUUCCACGCGUCUCGUUUCGCUUCUUCGAGCACCUUGCCCUUCGCCGCAGAAGCAGCAUGGUCAACAGGCAAGUGGGUCCAACUGGACCGCAUACUCACUGAGCCAUCCGGAGUACUCAAUGCCUCCUCGGAUUUCAAUGUUGGAAUCGGCAAGGCUCUACUUGCGUUGCGGCACGGGAAAACGGACGACUUCAGGCACACGGUGAACGACCUGCGCACUGUUUUGUCAAACGGACUAUCAGUAUCUACGACUGCAUCCCUGCACAAUUCCCACGACCAUCUUGUCAAAUUGCAUACGCUAUACGAGCUUGAGACUAUCAGCGGCCUUUCCAGUCGUCGACCACCAGAUCGGGAUGUUCUAUUCGAAGAUCUGGAUAGGCGGCUCGAUCUACUUGGCGCCUACACUUCAGACAAGCAGUACUUGCUCGGAGUGCGUCGGGCAGCUAUGCAACUCUCUGCCCUGGAAUUCACGAACCUAGACAUUGCAUCAGCCUGGCUGACAACAGCCCGACUCGCCCGGAAAGGGGACUUCUCAUCAGCCGCUUUCAACUCUAUCAUGCAUGCUACUCAGCUGGGUGACGACGCCUCGAAGAUCGAAUAUUCCAAGAUGCUGUGGAAAGAGGGUCAUUAUCGAAAGGCUAUCCAGAAUCUGCGAGGCGCUCUGGCGACCAACUCAUUUGCUACGAGAGAGAUGCCACAGAUGGACGUCAGUGUUUCUGUGUCUACGACUGCUAAUGGCGACCUCGCACAUGCUACGAAUCGAGUUAAAUGUCAUGCUCAGCUGCUGCUGGCCAAGUGGCUUGAUAGAGCUGGUCAAACACAAAGUCUCGUGCUCAAAGAGGAAUACGCGCGAGGCAUCAUGACAUUUCCCAAGUGGGACAAGGGUCAUUAUUACCUCGGCCGAUACUAUCUCAAGCUAUACGAGACGGAAAAGGCUCUGCCAGUGAACAAACAGGCGAGCAAUUUCCUAGCUGGAGAACUAACGAAGUUAGUCAUUGAGAACUAUAUCCGUUCUACCGUGUAUGGAUCGAAGUAUUACUACCAGACUAUUCCCAAGAUCCUUACCCUCUGGCUGGACAUGGGAAUGGAGAUGAACUCGCAGCCCAGGCAACCCAAGGAUAAGGACCUUCACCAGCACAAGAUGAAUCACCUUGUUCAUAUCAAUGGCUACAUCAAGCGGUAUGCGAGUGAACGCAUGCCGGCUUAUCCAUGGUACACUGCUUUUCCUCAAAUCAUCAGCCGUAUCAAUCAUCCCAACAAGAGCGUAUGGGAUGUUCUCCAGCUCAUCAUCAUCAAAGUGACCGCUCAGUAUCCACAGCAAGCGCUGUGGGGGCUUCUGGCCGUGCAGAACUCCCAACAGGACGAUCGACGGGCUCGCGGCGGCGCAGUAUUGCAAAAGCUUCGAGACCAUUCUAAACGCAGGAACGGCGCAAUAGAACUCAAAAGUCUCAUCACUCACGGUCAGCGUCUUGCCGAUGCUCUGCUAGCUGCUUGCGAUACUCCAGUCGAGCAGAGAGUAUCGCAUGUGAGCCUGUCCAAAGACCUGCGAUUUAACACCAAGCUCGCACCUUGUGCUCUGGUCGUGCCUAUCGAAUCGAACAUGACGCCCAGUCUUCCGAAUACCAACGAUAGCAGGCUGAUAAGAGCACACAAUCCCUUCGCGUCAGAUGUUGUCACAAUAUCUGAGUUCAAGGAUGAUGUCUUAGUGCUGUCGUCACUGCAGCGGCCGCGUAAGAUCACUGUACAAGGCUCGGAUGGGCGGUCAUAUGGCCUCAUGUGCAAACCUAAGGACGAUCUUCGCAAGGAUCAGCGCCUGAUGGAGUUCAACUCGAUGAUCAAUCGCGCUCUAACCAGGAAUAUUGAGGCCAGCAAGCGUCGACUCUAUAUUAAGACGUAUGGAGUCACACCACUCAACGAAGAGUGCGGCACUAUCGAGUGGGUUGAAGGGUUGAAGCCCAUGCGUGACAUUAUCAUAAGGUUAUAUCGUCAAAAGAGUGUGAGCAUCGACUACCAGGAGAUCCGCAUGCUACUCAACGAAGCAUGCGCCGAUCCCAAGAACAUACACCUCUUCACGCACAAGAUCCUCACGAAGUUCCAGCCCGUGCUCCACGAGUGGUUCGUUGAGACCUUCCCUGAACCCGAGGCUUGGUUUGCUGCCAGGCUGCGAUAUACAAGAUCAUGCGCUGUGAUGAGUAUCGUGGGUCAUGUUCUCGGUCUCGGUGAUCGUCACGGUGAGAACGUCCUGCUGGAAGAAGGGAACGGCGGUACUUUCCACGUCGACUUCAACUGCCUCUUCGACAAAGGCCUCACUUUUGAAAAACCCGAGCUUGUGCCAUUCCGUCUGACCCACAAUAUGGUCGACGCCAUGGGUCCCGCGGGCAUCGAGGGCCCCUUCCGGAAGACGGCCGAGCUCACGUACUCUUUACUUCGCCAGCAUGAGGACGCGCUCAUUACUAUCUUGGAGACGUUCGUGCAUGAUCCUACAGCGGAUUUCCUCGGCACGAAGAAAAAGAGGAAGAUACCGGGCGUGCCGGAGAGCCCGCAGGAGGUUCUGGAGAUUGUAAAAGGCAAGCUGGGCGGGUUUGUGAGGGGUGAAAGUGUACCAUUGAGCGUGGAGGGUUACGUGGAUAGCCUCAUCAGGCAGGGGAGGGAUCCGAUGAACUUGGCGUCCAUGUACAUUGGGUGGUGUGCGUUCUUCUAG